AUGCUUAUUCUCUUUGGGCUGCUGUACUUGGUGAGUGGACACUUGGUGCGGACUCAGGAUGCCACAGGUAGUCGCUUCGUGUGCAAUGCCAUUCCUCCAGGCGCAGAGCCGGGCUGUGGUUAUGGAUACACGGGUAACCGCAUCCCGAGCAGCUCCGCAGAGGAAGAGCUUCGCAACACCAUCAUCCAUCUGCGGGAAACCAUCCUGCAGCAGAAGGAGACCAUAGUGAGCCAGCAGGGCACCAUCAAAGAGCUCAACUCCAAACUAGCGCGCUGUGAGGCGGCCGCAGACGACUCCCAGAGCAAGACCCGGGGUCAGGGCUCCAGACGUAAGGACUACGGCAAGAACACGAUGGGAGACCUGCCCCGUGACCCCGGAGACACAAUAGACCAGCUGGGCAAGACCAUGCAGAGUCUCAAGGGUCGACUGGAGAGCCUGGAGCAGCAGAGUGUCCGUCUGCCAAACUCCAGCAUGUCUCUGACCAACACCGUGUCGUCUGCUCUGGCGCCGCUGCCUCCCGAGCUGCGGGACGUGCUCCGGCUGCGGCUUGGCGCCCUGGAGACUCAGCUGCUGCGCAAAGUGGCCGAGCUGGAAGAGGAGAAGAGCCAGCUCUACAAUGAAACCGCUGCACAUCGGCAGCGCACAGAGAUCGCUCUCAACACGCUCAUGGAGCGCAUCAAUGAACUGGAGAAAAAUAACAAUGCCUUCAAGUCACCUGAGGAUUUCAAAGUGUCCCUUCCUCUUCGUACUAAUUAUCUCUAUGGACGAAUUAAGAAGAGUCUUCCAGAGAUGUACGCCUUCACUGUCUGCAUGUGGCUCAAGUCCAGCGCCAGUCCUGGUAUUGGAACCCCCUUUUCUUAUGGUGUCCCGGGGCAGGCAAACGAGAUCGUCCUCAUCGAGUGGGGAAAUAAUCCGAUCGAGCUACUCGUAAACGAUAAGGUGGCACAGCUGCCUCUCUCUGUGAGUGACGGCCGCUGGCAUCACAUCUGCAUCACCUGGACGACCCGGGACGGCUUCUGGGAGGCCUACCAGGACGGGGAGCGCCUGGGCACCGGGGACAAUCUGGCCCCGUGGCACCCCAUAAAACCUGGAGGAGUCAUCAUUCUGGGACAGGAGCAGGACAUAGUCGGAGGGCGCUUCGAUGCCACUCAGGCCUUUGUGGGCGAGCUGAGCCAGUUCAACAUGUGGGACCGGGUGCUGAGGCCGGUGGACAUUGUGGGCCUGGCCAACUGCUCCGCGUACAUGCCCGGGAACGUGGUGCCCUGGGUGGACGCCAACGUGGAAGUGUUCGGAGGCGCCAGCAAAGCCCCUCUGGAGAUCUGUGAAGAACGGGCGUUUGACUCCUAA